AUCUGCCACCGAAUCAAGACGUGGUGCGUGUCGCGUCGUCCUAUAUACCAUGUCGCGCAUAUAGACGCGAAAUUUUUCUCGAGAAAAUUAAUAUUUUGUUUCGCGAAUCGAACCUCUCGUGAAAAUGAAGAGAAAUCGCGUGGCAAUCGCCAUCGGAACGUAUCUUCGCGUUUACUCGUCGUGUGAACAAUGUGAAUCGUGUGUAGUAAAGUUUUGAUCGAACGAAAAACGAAAUAUUGCUGCGAUACUAUCGUAAACAGGCACGUGCGACGAUGUUAAGAUCAUUCUUCAAGGAACGUUACAUUAUACUUCGGUUAUUUUAGGCCCUAAACGGGGCCAGUUCGCGAGAAGAAUCUUUCCGCCGUUUUCAUGACGCUUUUGACCGAGAUACACGGAGAUAUCAAGUGCAUCGAACUUUCGGUCGGUUAACACCGAAAACGGCGAUAAAGCCGCAAAAUCGAGAAGAUACGUUGUGAAGCAUGGUUAACGACAUUCUUCGUUCCCGUGGAUAGAGUGAUAAAUGGCGUUCUCGUUUAAUAGGAACGCGAGAACUCUUCGAAGGAAUUACGUCCGCGAGCACAUCACGGCCUAGCUCCCCUCAUCAUGGAAUAAACAUUGAAUUUUCGACUUUUGUCUUAAUUCGGCAAUCGCCGGAAUCUUCCUUCCUUGACGCGUUUUCGGAGCAAAGAACUAUUUCAAGAAUCGAUAUCCCCGAUUGGAAGCUGCCUGGUGUCCAGUUGCCAGGUGUAGAUCGCAGCAGAAACAGAUCGAAGCGUGCAACGUAUAUUCGAGGAUCGUUGAAAUAAUUCGACCGCCGCGUCCCAACAAGUUUUCCGCGAUACGAUCACGGGAAAAGUUUCCACGAAACGUUUCGGACGCGCGUUUUCUUUUUUUUCUAUCGUGACGAGUGAAAGGUGGUAGUGUUGGAACUAUAGCAUCGACCGCCGGCCAGCAGAGUGUGUGUGUAUUUAUUUUCGACUUAUUUCCGCGCAAUCAUCGAAAACGUCCUAUGGGAAACGUGAACGAAAACAUUGGGCGUCAGGAGAAUUGGUCGAGCAAACGAGUCGUGGUGUCGGAACGAAUGAAAUUGAACUAAUCUCGCGUGACCCUCGGGUCACCGAAUCUCGUGGCGUUUAUUGGACGUCAAGAGUAUACACCGUUUUCGUGGAAUGUCAACACGAUCGCGAUAGGAAUUUGCCGCGUGGUGCUAGCAUGACAGUGGAUGGACGAUGUGCUGUCAUCCAAUGAAGAGGAUGUGAAUCGCUUUAAUAUCAAAGUGAACGCGUCACCAAAUAGUCGCGGACAUGGCUUUGAGGUGGCAGGCGAGGCUGUCCAUUGCUGCCAUACUCUUUAUGUGUACAGAAGAUACACUCAGUUUAGGAGAUCGUACGAUAAACAACAUGGAUCGACACGCGGGUCAAAAUAGACCGCGAAACCAGUUGUUGGCAGAUCCUUCCGGGCUGAAAUCAAAGGUGGAACCUACGUUCGACCACUCGCAGAACACCAACGUGACAGCACUAAUAGGAAAGACCGCUUAUCUCACGUGUAGAGUUCGCAACCUGGGCGACAAAACCGUAUCCUGGGUGAGGCACAGAGAUAUUCACAUUUUAACGGCAGGGGCGUAUACCUACACGAGCGAUCAGCGAUUCCAAGCGCUUCACAGACAAAAUACAGGCCAAAAUAGCGAAUGGUCUGAAUGGACUCUUUGCAUAAAGUGGGCGCAAGAGAGAGACCAAGGGCUCUACGAAUGUCAGAUCUCCACUAUUCCCGUCAAGUCGCACCAAUUUCGCUUAAACGUUGUCGUACCGACAGCGACGAUACUCGGAGGUCCAGAUCUGUACGUUGGCGCAGGCAGCACGAUAAACUUGACGUGCGCCAUACACUUCAGCUCGGAGCCACCAGCCUUCAUCUUUUGGUACUACAAUGAGAACGUUUUGAGCUAUGACAGUCCCAGGGGCGGCGUCUCGGUGAUAACCGAAAAGGGUAGCGACGUCACCACCUCUUGGCUUCUUAUCCAGACGGCGCAACCCUCGGACUCUGGGGAGUACAGCUGCAAACCCAGCAACGCCAAUACGGCGUCCAUCAAAGUUCAUGUCCUAAAUGGCGAGCGACCAGAAGCGAUGCAGACCGGAACGGCGGGACCUAUUUUAUCCUCCAGCUGUCUUUUGGUGUCUCUGAUCAUUUUGUACAUAUCGUCGAUGUAAAUGAACGUCGAAUGAAACUAAUCACCGUCACUGCUACCACUCGUACGAUUAAGCGGGCAAGACACUGUAACGACAUACAAAAGUACAUAUUAGGGGGAAAAUUUGGGAAUUUUUACGAAGCAAAUGACGGGAGUAAAUCAAUUUAUAGUUUAUCGCGGUUACUAUGUAUACGGUUAAACAAAUUUCUCCAUCCAUUUUUUGGAUUCCCCCCCAGGGGAAAACAAAAAUAUUUAGAAAGUAUAAGCCUUCGUUUAUAGCUCCAUGUAGGCGAAAAAUAACAAAAUAGCAGCAUGGUGAAAGAAAUGUUGAACUUCUGCGAAAAAAUUGAACGACUUCGCUGAUGAGAAACAGGAAAGGAACUAUAAUCAAAAGAAGCCGCGCGUGGGGCCAUAGACGAUAGGUUUUUCCUGCGAUAAUUUUCAUAAUUUUCCACGUAUAGUUUCUUCUUAUAGUCGAAACAUAGAACAUCGAUAUUUUUACAGUGUCCCUUUACAGUGUCUUCUGCCCCUUAAACAGAGCUCGAGUUUGUCAGGCCACAGUCGCGUUGAGAUCGCGCUACUGUUUGCAAAAAUCAAUGGGACUGGGAACGAAUCGAUCUACGAAUUUCGCGUGUCUAUUUAAUAGCAUCGUGCUCGAGAUAUGGAAUAUCACGAACGCAAUGUAACUAUUCGCACUGGCGAGUCGUUACUCCGACAUAGUUUACAACUUUCACGUUCGAUCGUAUGUUUGUACCUGUCAGUGAGUCGCAUUGGCGCUAAUUUUGGUCAUCCAGUUCUGGUCAACAACAGCUACAAAGGUUUCCCGUCGUCUCGUUGUAAAUGCAAGAAUAAAUGUCGCGGAACGAGCACAGAUCUUCCCGAACGGCGUCGCGGUCGUCACAAUCGUUCGUAUUUCAUCUCGUUGGUUACCACUGAUAGCGUGCGAUCCGUAUACGAUCGCAACGAGGGAACGAUGGAACAAGUAACGUGGAGAAAACGCCGCGUUACACGUUCCCCGAUAAUCGGCGUAUCGAGAUUUAAUGUGUUUGUAUGUGCCGAGAAUGCUGGAAUAUAUUGUAUGUUGGUCGAAAAGCGUAUAGUUAGAAGAACGUCGACGCUAAUACCGGAGGUAAAGAUGCUAUGCCAAGGAAAAGUUGGUUCCGUUGGAAAGGAAACAAAGGGGAUUCGAUAAGCCACAGUGAGAGAAAUCGAUUUACGAGAGGUGUAAAACCGAGAAACAACCAUCCCGCGGCACGCUCCACGACUGGUCGAAUCUACGAAAUGCAGGAUGCGCGAGACAGCAUUCACGAGGAAAUAAAACGUGACUCGAUUGCAAGAUCUCGUGCUUCCCCUUUUCGAGGAUCGAGGACGCACGGCUAUCCAGUUGACGAAAGUAAUACAGGAGAAAUGGAGCAGCGGUCUCGAAAACCGUUGAUUAAUCGAUGAGACGGAUUCGCCUUUUCGUCGCGUCACAUAGAACCACAAGUGAGACAGGUAACACGCGUUAUACGUCGAAUCGUCUGGUGAUUUUUAACGAGCUGCCGCGUACCCGGCAAGUAUAAACGUUAAAAUUCGAGGAGAAAAUAUCGUCGUUCCGCGUGACAGCUACACGCGUGAUACGAAUGUUAAUAUAUCUCGGGGCGAGCGCAUUACGGCUACCGCGGCUGAACGUGAAUCAUUGUGGCGUGUCGGACGAAAAACGCUCGCAAAUCCCUUCCAGCCGAUUAACAGUCAGAAACGCAAACAUUUCUCGAUUGAAAACAAUUACGGGGAAUUAUUGUUAUCGAUCCAGUCGAAAUAAUCGUUGCGCUUUGAGCUAGCGGAAUUCACGACGACCAGUCGCGUUCUAAUUUCCAAACGUUUACGAUGUUCGUUUAUAAAGCUUAUCGAUUCGUGUCAACCGGGGAAUAUUCGAUGAAUUAACCGGAUGAUUUUUAGCUCGCCCUGUACAAACGGAUUCCAGCUUUUAAACGAUUUUGUUCGUGCCUCUGUGAUUAUCCGUUGACCAAUUUUACUUCGAACGCAAACUUGUUUAAAAUUAUACGAAACAUUUUACUCCGACAAUAGACUCGUAAACGAAGGACAAGUUUUGUAAGCAAAAGUCGAAUAAACAAAAUGCGUUUCGUUCCGAGGAAUUAUUAGGCGUUAUUCGUAUCGAAAGCGCUCGACGACGAUAGUUUCGGAAGCGAUCGUAGCGAAACCAGGAGUCGGACGCAAGAAAUUCUGCGACGUUUGAUCGAUCUGUCUUUACGGUCGUUACACGUCGUAACGACGUCGUCUGGACAAACGCGAGCGGAAAGCGAAAGACAGUGGUUCUCCGGAUGCGACUACACGGAACAUAGCUGGACGUUCGGAUUGAAAGCUAACACAGCUGGCAAACUACGACGCGACGGACGAUGUCGCUCGCUGGAUCUGUCUGUUUGCCGUUGGUUGAACGGGUAUUAGCGUCGACGACCAAACACGAGAACCUGUACAUAGCGUCUGUAUUAUAAAUUGUGGCCGGGUGAUGAUAGUUACACGCCGACGACGCGAGCGUAAAUGCGUGCACACGCGUUGCGUGCCACGCGGUAUUCUGCCUCGUCACGGCGCUCCGACUCUCUCUCUCGUCUGAACACCGGUGUGCUGGAUCUAGUAAUCGCGUUUACCGCGUGAAAAUCGAGUUUCGCGGCCGAAGUGGUUCCGUGUGAACGACCCACAAACUGUACGUGCGAACCUGCGUCAGGUUUCGUCGGUGUGGCUUAAUUAUCGGACGCCAGAUCAUCGCUAAUAUUCGGAUUUUACUCGCGAAUCGUCGAGAAUGGCGCACGAAAAAGCGAACUAUCGAAAGCAAUAAGUCGAAUUUUUGAAAGUAAGCGGUGAUCUUGCUUCGUUUUCCACGCAAUCGAAGAGUUUCGUUAGACUAUUCCGUCGUUCAUCCUGAUCGAUGAUCUGCAAACUCUGUAUGUAUGUAUCCCGAACUUUUAGACGACUUUCCCCCCUAAGACCUAUGAAUCUUUUUACUACUGUGUACAUUUUUCCUUCCUUUCAAAGGCUUCCCGUCGACUCUGCGUACGUGACGCCGUAAAAUGGCUCUGUCGUCUACACACGUAAUUAUAAGCAGCCGCGUUGAGAUUGACGGAUCAUCGUUCUGGACCUACUUCGUUCGCGAAAUAAAACGACGACAAUUUUCACUUUCUAUUUGUGUGUGUUUCCAUGUGAUAUCCUCGCAGAUACCCGAUGAAAGUAUCGCGCGGAUCGUUCCUCGCGUCCAACACGAAUCGAAUCUCCCUCACAUUUUUCUGUUCCUACCACGGUGGCGAUUCUUUCCUCCAACUUGGAUUAGAUGCGCGCGAAUGGUCGAAAAAGUCGAAAGGGGUCGAAGCGAAGAGAGGGAACGAGGGACGGCUAGAGCUGAAACUCUAGCGGAGCUAGUCAACGAUCCGGAAGUUUUUCGAGGGUGAAAUGGAAGUUCCAGUCGAUACACGUGCGGCCGACGAAACGGAAUGUGGCCUCGUUCGCGUACACUCGAGAGAAUAAUUGCGUGGACCUUAGGGGGAGCAAAAGUUUCGGGAUUUUUCUUCGCCUUUAGCGGAAACUACGUGAAACGGAUAGGUCGCGGUCCAUUAAGCAGCAUCGUAGACUCGAUCUCACCUCGCGAAUCGCGUUUACCUCUUGCGCGUUCGCGAGCAACCCAACCAUACGUUAUUUUAUUUUCGUUCUCGUCCUUUCUUUAUUUGUCCUAUUGUUAAUAGCGUUUCGAAGUUAACUUACGAAAUUCUAUUACGCGCUGGCCGAUGUACUCGACCGGUUGUUUCUAAAACGAGAAACACGUUGAGACGUUGCUGAUAAUCUCGUCCGGUAAUUUCCUUCGCUUAUGUCGCGUUGUCACUUCUGCGAUAAAUCGUUUUAGAGUUUUGGAAAGGAAAGAAUCUUAUUUCGUUCCGAAUCGUUGCAGGCUAUAGUAAUUGAUAGUCGUAUAAAAAGAUAAAAGUUCUCGGGGGACGACUUAGAGUCAGCGUUUUAAAGGAAAUCGAUGAACGGUGAAAGACGGCACUUCGAGGUCAGUCCGCGCAUCGAUGUUCCGCGAGUUUCUCGAAGUCGAAAUGUCGCGCUUUGCGUAGCAUAUGAAACGUGAAACGAGGUAAACGCUGCAUUCCGUCGGGACAAACGGGAAACGAAAAGAAAGAGAAACGCGUCGAAACAAACUGCGGAUUCUGUUCGUUCCGACUGGACAGGCUCGUCGCGAAUUGAAUUGCGCCUGCGAAUAGAAUUCGAUUUGGGGGGUUGUCACAUUCCGCUGGUCGGCUUCGAUUUUGCUCCCCUGACUGUGUACAAAUUGCUUUACCCUUGUGCCGGCCACUUUGUUCCGGUAUUCGCGGUCUUCUCAUCGCUCCUCAGAGAAAAAGUGAUAUCGCGAUGCUAGCAUAAACUGUGGAAAAAGGACAAAAUACGAAAGGACGGUGGUAGCGACCGCGGCUCUGCGAAAACGCCGCACUUGAUUCUUCCCCGAUUCUCUUUCGACGCGAUUCGACUCGUUUCGCGAUGCACGCGUUACCGCGACGAACGACGCCGUGUACUUUGCGUGUCUUCGACACGACAGACUAGCCGAUUAAACGAAAAAUUCACAAGCGAACAAUUCGCUACAUACAGCGAAACGGCCAUUCGGCGGUGCAAGCGAUUACCAAAAAUAAAGAAGAAAAAAUGAAGAAACGAAAACGGCGCGUCGUAGACACACUUGGCAGCCUGUAGAUUUUAAUCGACGAUACUAAACGAGAGCGUAUGACGCAAAUGCGAACGAAUUAAACAGAGGGAGAAGAUAAACCCUGGAAGAAUCUGUAAUCGCAGUGAUAUCGUUAGAUUAGAUAGGUAUAUUAUUGUACAUACUAUAAUAUUACGAUGUUUAAUAAAUAAAAACGUUGAAAGGAA